UCUACUCUUCAGCAGGUACAUCCGUUUAACGGAAAGCCGAUGUCUUGAGGACGAAAUCACCACAUGAAUAAGGUGUGCUCUUAAAAACCAGGCCAGGAAGGUGUUUUGAGUAUCCUGACCUAUCACAGAGGGCAGCACUUGGGUGGGUGGAGUCAUCAGAAGGUGUGACCAAUGACAACAUUUGCAUGCUGGGUGACAUUCUGUUCUCUGCCUAUCUGGUGGAUCGUCCUGCUUGACAUCUCUGGACAGAGAGCCGAUGCUGGAGAGACGCUGCGCCCGUGUCUUGGCAGAGACUGCUCCGUGUGCGACUGUCUACCAGCCAAGGGUGCCCGGGGGGCACCUGGAAGGCUGGGAAAUGAGGGGAAACAGGGCCAGAAUGGCCCCAUGGGCAUCACAGGGCCUCAAGGGGCCAAGGGCAGAAGGGGAGACCAGGGGCCAACUGGCCCAGAUGGAUUGAAAGGGGUUCGGGGUGAGACUGGUCAUCCUGGAUUUUUGGGCAUCAACGGACUCAACGGUCACCCCGGGGUGGUGGGGCCUCCCGGCCUGCCGGGUCCGGACGGUUGUCCUGGAAACAGGGGUCCAACGGGGAGACACGGGUUUAAUGGCACGAACGGGUUCCCAGGACCCAAGGGCUUUCCCGGACCCAAAGGAAUCAAAGGGGAUCCUUUCUACAGUGUGUCUGUCCCAGGCCUUCCUGGUGACCCUGGAGCGGAUGGAUCUCCUGGGUUACCGGGUUCUGCUGGGCCAAAGGGACAGAGAGGCCCCACUGGGCCGGACGGAUUUAAUGGCCGAGAUGGUGAACCCGGAGCCAGAGGGGAACCAGGUGACGCUGGCAGGUCACUGCCGGGCAUUAAAGGUGACGAGGGGGAGCCGGGCCAGCCGGGCCCUCCAGGGCUUGAGGAAAUCAUCGAGCCUCCAGACUUAUUCUAUCUGAAAGGGUUUAAGGGGGAUAAAGGUAUUUCAGGACUAUGUGGACCCAGAGGCAUAUCUGGAGCAGGAUCCUACGAAGGACUUAAAGGAGAAAAGGGCCUCGUUGGCUUCCAAGGCCCGCAGGGUCUCCCUGGAGUUUCCGGCCAACCUGGAUUGACGGGAGCACAGGGCAAUCCUGGAGACUGGGGACUUCCUGGUCUGAUUGGCCACUUGGGACCGAAGGGUUUCCAAGGAGACAAAGGGAUCAGAGGACCAGACAGGGAAAUAUCUUCAAAUGACACCGGUUACCGUGGUGAUCCCGGAUCCCCGGGUCUAAGAGGGCCCCCAGGGGACAUUGGAGAGAUGGGGGUCCCUGGAUUCCCUGGUCCACCAGGGGUGGUGCUUUUCCCAGGUCGCCCAGCACAGCCGGGUACCCCGGGUCUCCCUGGUCCUAAGGGCCUUAAAGGGGAGCCAGGCCGAUACCUUUCUCUGGUACCUAUACCAGGACAACCAGGGGAAAGAGGGCUUCCCGGGUCAAAGGGGUACAGAGGUCUUCCUGGCCCUCCAGGGGGGUCAUUUCCCGUAGUAAUUGACUGUGUCCCCGGGGAGCCGGGGGAGCUCGGAGAGAAAGGUGAUCAGGGAUAUCCUGGAUUAAAGGGAUACCAUGGAGUAAAAGGCAGCAGCGGUGGGUGUGAGUGUACCCCAGGAAUUCCAGGUGGACCCGGCCUACAGGGGCACCCAGGAUACGAUGGACUGCCAGGACCCAGGGGAGAGACAGGGGACCAUGGAGAGACUGGGGACCCUGGCACCCGAGGACCACAUGGCGAACCUGGUCGUCCUGGUUACACAGGGCCAAAGGGCCAGAAGGGGGAGUCCUUGCUGGCCAAUUACAAGGGUGAAAAAGGGGACCCAGGCUUGGAUGGUCCCGGUGGGCCCACAGGAUCUUCCGGUCUGGCAGGACCAGAUGGCUUUCCUGGUGCUGUGGGUGACCCAGGAUCCCCGGGUGACAGUUACGGCGGAGCCAGAGGUGAAAAAGGCUACCGGGGACUUCCUGGUCCCCCAGGCCUCCCUGGAAGACCAGGACCCCCAGGCCCUACUGUUCCAGGCCACCAAGGACACGCUGGGCCCCCAGGGGACAUGGGGCCCCCAGGUCCACCUGGACACCCUGGGUCACCCGGACCUCCAGGGGAGAUUCUGCGAUGUCCCCCCAUCCACCCGGGCCGGCCGGGCUUGAAGGGUUCACCGGGCCUCCCAGGGAUUCCUGGGCCUCCGGGACGACCUGGUUUCCCAGGUACACCGGGUUUCAUUGGACCAAAAGGCGUGAGAGGAGAUGAUGGGACACACAGGGAUUUCGGACCCCCCGGCCCCAGAGGACGUGAUGGAGAUGACGGUGACCCUGGCCUUCCUGGAGUCACACUGGACGGACCGCCGGGUCCCACCGGAUCGCCGGGACCUCCAGGCCUCCCGGGACCUCCGGGAGACGCCCUCAAUGCCAGACGUGGUGCCCCAGGUUUACCUGGGGUACCUGGGAUACCGGGACCUAAGGGAGCCCCUGGUUUUGCAGGACCCGCUGGGCCUCCAGGCGUACCAGGCCCGCCUGGAGCCGUGGGUUACAAGGGUCCAUUGGGAGACCCAGGGGAUCCAGGACCGACCGGCAUCCCAGGUCCACCUGCCCAUGUAUGUAGACAUAAAGGAGCUCCUGGCCCGCCCGGAACCCCUGGCCCACCUGGACCCAGGGGCCCGCCAGGUCUUUGUGGUGAUAAAGGACCACGUGGCCUCGUGGGUCCUCCUGGACACGGACUGCAUGGACCCCCAGGGAACCCUGGGCCACCAGGCCCCCCCGGCCCUCCUGGGGCCAAAGGAUUCAGUGGGUUGCCAGGUGACCCUGGAUUCUCAGGUUUACCAGGAAGCAAAGGGCCGAGUGGAUACCCUGGCAGGGACGGUUUAACCGGGCCUUGUUCGCCAGGCCGGCCUGGAAACCCGGGACCACUGGGUAGCCAAGGGAAGAGAGGUUUUAGAGGACGAGACGGUCAGCCAGGAGAUCAGGGGGACAAAGGAACUAAAGGUCGCAGAGGUCUCCCAGGACCCCCUAGUCUUAUAGAAAAACCAUGGUUAAAAGGACAGAAGGGUGCCCAAGGACCGCGUGGAGAAGAUGGCUUUCUGGGACCUAGAGGUAGCAAGGGUCAAAGAGGACAACCUGGUAGACCAGGGGUGAAUGGGUUGGAUGGUCCAGAUGGACACGAAAAGGGAAUCCGAGGACAACCUGGUAGAUCAGGCCAACCUGGACCCUAUGGAGCCCAAGGACCUGAAGGCCUUAGGGGUGUAGCGGGGUUCUCUGGACCAGUCGGACAUCAGGGGGACCCUGGCUACCUGGGACCUCCAGGGAGACCAGGCCAUCCAGGAAACCAUGGCUUAAAGGGUGACCACGGAGACACCAUAGUAAUCCCAGGUCCUCCUGGACCACCCGGUCCUCCCGGAGACAGCGGACCAAAAUGUGACGUUGGGGAGCCAGGAGAUCUGGGUGACCCAGGACACCGAGGACUUCCAGGACCACCAGGGGUACCGGGUGUCACUGGAGACACAGGCCGGCAGGGAGGCCCAGGUCUCCCUGGGCCCCAAGGUCCAAAAGGUCAUCCUGGACCCCAAGGUCCUCCCGGAAGACCUUUCGAAGGUCAAGGUCUUGAUGGUUAUCCUGGUGCUCCCGGACCCCCAGGGCCCCCAGGAGCUCAAGGUCUGGACGGUCUGGAUGGACUACCAGGUCAGAAAGGGCAGAAGGGAGCUAAAGGACCAGAUGUGUCUGGCCCACCGGGUCCAUGUGGGUACCCUGGACUGAAGGGUCCCAGGGGACCCCCCGGACCCAUAGGAACCAGUGUCCCCGGACCUCAAGGCCCAAGGGGUCCCCCAGGCUACCAAGGACCCCCAGGACCUCCUGGGGAGGCAGGUGGUCCAGGUUUCGGGUGCACAGAACAUCACCGGGGACCCAGCGGAGAUCCAGGGUACCAUGGUGUUCACGGACCUCCAGGACCACCUGGGGAGCCGGGACCCCCAGGUAAGGCAGAGUACUCUCUAGGAGACCCAGGGCCCCAUGGUCUACAAGGGCCCCAUGGUCGUAAAGGACAAAGAGGCCAUCCAGGUUACCCAGGGCCAGGAGCCGUCCCAGGACCUCCGGGACCAAAGGGUCGCAGAGGCCCAGUUGGAAACAUGGGCCCAGUGGGACCAAAAGGCCCACCAGGUGCCUAUGGCUUCCCGGGGCCCAAAGGUGACAAAGGCAGUCACGGGGAUGCAGGUCCCAAAGGACGCCCUGGUGGGUUGAUAAAUGUUUCCGAUAUAAUCCCAGAACCUCCUGCUGGGGACCACGGCCCUCCAGGACCAGUCGGUCGACCUGGGCCUCUGGGCAACGCUGGUCCCUGUGGGCCCCCUGGACCUCAUGGUCCUAAGGGCCCUGCCGGGUCUCAAGGGCCCGCUGGGAGACCAGGAGCUCCAGGUCCACCAGGACCUAUGGGAGGCCCAGGUGAUCCUGGACAUAGAGGUUUUGUUGGACAUCAAGGUCCCCCGGGUCCUCACGGUGACCCUGGCUACGCCGGCUCCGCAGCCUCUGCGAGUUCCGGCUUCCUGCUGGUGAUCCACAGCCAGUCGGCGGAUGUUCCCCGGUGUCCGGGGGGCAGCUCCCCUCUGUGGACGGGCUACAGCCUGCUCUCCCUGGAGGGACAGGAGAGAGCGCGCACACAGGACCUGGGCCAGGCCGGCUCAUGUCUUCGAGUCUUCAGCACCAUGCCCUUCACCUAUUGCAACAGUGGCACCUGUAACUACGCAAGCCGCAACGACAAGUCCUACUGGCUGUCCACAACAGCCGCCGUGCCCAUGAUGCCCGUAUCGGGCCUCCACAUCCGUGCCCAUAUCAGUCGCUGUGCCGUGUGCGAGGCGGCUUCGCCCGCUGUGGCGGUGCACAGCCAGGACACAGUCACCCCGGCCUGCCCUCCUGGAUGGAGGAGCCUGUGGGCUGGUUACUCGUUCCUCAUGCACUCCGGGGCAGGUGACGAGGUCGGCGGUCAGUCCCUGAGCUCGUCGGGCAGCUGCCUGCGGGACUUCCGCACCCAACCCUUCCUGGAGUGCCAGGGCCGUCGGGGCACAUGCCACUACUUCGCCAACAUCUACAGCUUCUGGCUGACCCACGUGUCCCUGGACGGCAAGCCGGCGGCGCCCGGUGUGCUGAAGUCCGGCGAGCAACAGCGCCGACACGCUAGCCGCUGCCACGUGUGCACCAGGGGCUGAGAAAAAAUUACGCCGUCGCCUAUUUUUAUCUUGUCUUUGGGUUACUGAUUGAUCGUGCUGAUUCGCCUGCUGGGUGCGUACAUCUCUUUGUUUCGCUCCGGCAUUGUGGCGGACAGCUGCCCAACCCCGGGCCAGUCUACUAUCUUAUCCGUACAUCGUUGCCUUUUGAUAAUAUUAACAAUGUUCACCCAACCCCUUUGCAUUGCCACACCUGUAGUUGGGUCCAGUGAUGCGCUUGCCCGUUCCGCACAGACAGUUUUCCACUGUGGAGGCCCUUUGUAACUUUGUCAGCGCGUCAAAAAUCAUCUCCCGUUUUGACCACGGCGGCUAGUUUAACCAAACCCUACUGUGUCUUGCAGUCUGUCCUCAUCCAUAGACUGCAAGGCAGAGAAAACGAAUGUGAAGGAUGGCCGACAUUCUGCGGAACAGUCCGUUAAACUUGACAAACAUAUGCAGUACUGUUUGUUGGCAGGCGUGGGAAACUCGGGGAAGUACUUGUUGUGAACCGGGUGCAACACGUUGUGUAUGUAUUCACUUGCUUUUAACGUCUACAUUAUAUGUUUUUUUAUGAAACUAUAUUUUGUGUUAUUUUUGCAUUAAUUUCCAUGUUUUGCAAUGUAUUUUUUACACUGCAGCUAUUACAAGCCUCAAAAGGCAGUGGUCAGGUUUCUUCAACUGUGUUGUACACCUUUUUGUAUUCAUGUGAAACGGCAAACUUGCGUAGGUGAUGUGAGUGAUGUCUGUGUCUUGGUGUAAAUAUCCAUUUGGUUCAUGCUGGUGCUGAU